AUGGCUGGAUUCCUCGCCGUUGGUGGUAUUCUUGCUCUCACAAGGCCGGCUUUCGCCGCGCCCGUCAUCGAGGAGCGUGUGGUCUCUACCCCGACAACCACCAUCACAUCGGCCGCGGCCCUGACGGCAUCAGUCGUGCCUCAUACCGAUGUCACGAGCCACGGCCCGUACACUGGCCCCUCGCCCACGACUACCGGAGCGCAGUCUACAAGCGUCCUUGCCGCCUCCGUCCCGGCUUUGCCGCCAAACCCAGCAAAGUUCGACUACCCUGCUGACGGUGAGCUUCACGCCGACCAGCCUGCGCCCUACACACCUGCUGGCGGGCAAGGCACCAACGGUUCUGAGCCCGUGUACCGCGUACAGUCCGACUUUGACUACCAGUCUAUUGCUGUUGGCUUGUACCAAGAAUGGAUCGAGUUGGAUCUCUUCCACUACGGUCUCGCCACGUACUCCGUUGAGGAUUUCGAGGCUGCCGGCUUGACUGCCGAGGAUCGAUAUCUGCUGCAGUUUAUGGCUGAGCAGGAGGUCGGACAUGCGACACUUCUGACAAAUUUGCUCGGAGAUAACGCUCCCAAGCAGUGCACAUACAACUACCCAUCAAUGAAUGUGCGCGAGUACAUCGACUUCUCCCAGAAGUUGACUCGAUGGGGCGAGUCCGGUGUUUACGGUUUCCUCAACCACCUCGAUGCUCGCGAGGUUGGACAGCUGCUGCUGCAGUCCAUCACCACCGAGGCGCGUCAGCAGAUGAUCUUCCGCCAGUUCAACGGCCAGUUCCCAAUGCCCGUCUGGUUCGAGUGCGGAAUCCCCCAGUCGUGGGCGUGGACCCUGCUCGCCCCGUACAUCUCGUCCUGCCCCGAGGGCACGCAGCAACUCAUCUGGCAGAACUUCCCCGCCCUCCACAUCCUGAACCAGCCCAACGCGGCCCGUAUCGACGGCGCUGAUGUGUUCAACGAGACCCGGGGCGACUACGCCAACACCCUGAGCACCGACGACAUCGAGCCCCAGGACGCGUGCGCCGACUCGGACGUCGUCGGCGAGGACUGUUCCCCGGCCAUCACCCACAACCGCACCCAGCCGCUGUCCUACCCCGGUCGCCAGGUCUUCCUGCAGUGGGAGGAGCCCGGCCAGGCCGUCGGCCCCAACAACAGCUACGUUACCUCGACCUCGGCCGGCGCGCCCAAGUUCGCGCUCUGGGCCUCGCAACUCAACGUGACCUACUCGCCGCUGCUGAACGUCAGCGGCAACUCGGCAUACACCAUCCAGCCCAAUGUCUCCACCUAUGAGGGCGACCCGGCUAUCAACGGUACCAUGUUCCUGGCCCUCACUGACGAGGACCUGUAUGUCACGCCAUUCAACCUGACCGCUGUGAACCCUCACGUCUAUGCUCUGGCUCUGUACCAGGCUGGUUAG